GGCUUGGUUGAACUUGGCCGUGUACGUGGAGGGGUUGUUCGUGGCUGAGGAACGGUGGUCUAUGGUCCGCCGGUUGCUGCUGCUGCGAGAAGGGAUGUCAGCUACGGUUGACUCUCUGACGGAACUCGACGGGGCUCGACGGCUACGAUGGGUACACCGACGGAACUCCUCGAGUCCCGACAGCGAUGGAGCUACGAUGGUGAUGGUUGCUUACGGUGGUGACUCGCGGAGAGGGAGGAGGACGACGGUGCUGCGCGUCGAUGGCUGGGACAUGCGGCCGCGAUGGAUGGCCUGUGGAG